AUGUCCUCUCAGCAACCUGGUCAGUCGGCCUUGGGGCAGUUUUUGCAUCUGCUCCCAUCCCCUGGGGCUCGCCGGUGUGUGAUUGACUAUAUUGGUAUGACGAGACAAUUCCAUUCACGUCUUGAUGAAGCCAAAGUUCUGUGUGCCAAUUAUGUUAGUAAUGUGAUCGUGCCUGUUCCAGAUCUCACACCGGAGGAGUUUGCUAAAUACAACUCAGUGAUCGUUCAAUUCAACUCCUACUAUAAUGAAGCGAGAGAUGUGGUAAGACUUCAAGUCUUAGCCCAAGAGGCUAAAAACGAACCCCUUCGAACUAUGCAGAUAACUGAGACUCAACAAGAAUUAUUAUAUCUUGAGUUGACUCUUUUGUCUCGUCGUCGACGGACUUUGAACUUAUUGAGACCUUGUCGUCUGAGCCGCGACCAACUCAACACAAUGGUGGACGUUUAUUCGAAAAUUUACUUUAACUACUAUCAUCAGCAAACGUUGUUGAUGAAGCUGACGAAGUGUACGUUGUCAUCAGUCUACGGUAUCAUUGUUGUUGGCUUGCUGAUUGAGUCGAUUAAACUUUUGGUGACGUCCGAAACUGGUUGGGAAAGUAUCUAUUUGAAUCUCCUGACUGAUGAGUUCAUGAAAGACGAUGUUGAAUUACAAGGUUUGGUGAUUUAA